AGCAGGGUCACCUGUACCCAGCUGUCUGUCUGUGAGGAGUGCUCCUUCAAUGGAUGAACCAGUUCCCUUCAAAGGGGAAUUCACAGGUGAUUCAAGGGUCCAGGAGGAAAGAGGAGGGUCACCUGUACCCAGUUGUCUGUCUAUGAAGAGUGAUCAUUCAAUGCAUAAUCCAGUUCUCUUCAAAGGGGAAUUCACGGGUGAUUCAAGGGUCCAGGAGGAAAGAGCAGGGUCACCUGUACCCAGCUGUCUGUCCAUGAAGAGUGAUCAUUCAAUGCAUAAUCCAAUUCUCUUCAAAGGGGAAUUCACAGGUGAUUCAAGGGUCCAGGAGGAAAGAGCAGGGUCACCUGUACCCAGCUGUCUGUCCAUGAAGAGUGAUCAUUCAAUGCAAAAUCCAAUUCUCUUCAAAGGGGAAUUCACAGGUGAUUCAAGGGUCCAAGAGGAAAGAGCAGGGUCACCUGUACCCAGCUGUCUGUCCAUGAAGAGUGAUCAUUCAAUGCAUAAUCCAAUUCUCUUCAAAGGAGGAUUCACUGGUGAUUCAAGGAUGCAGGGGUCACUGGAGUCAAGUUGUUCAGAAGAGAAGAAUUCAGAAAAAUUAUCAUUCCCAAAACAGUCACUACUGCACACUCUGAUGAAGCUGAAGAAGGAUGAAAAGUUGAAACUGUUUCUGAGCCAUCUUAGCCAGGAUUGCCCAGAAUGCUUUACGAGUUUAUCUGAAGAUCCUUCUACACUGGAUAAGUUCAUGAAGAUGAAGAAAUUGUUCCAGAGUCAAAUUAAUAAUUACCCAGAAUGCACUGAGAGCAGGCAGGAGGAUCCUGAGGCCCUGUACAUAGCUGAGAAGAUGUUGGAGGCCUGUGGUAGUGAGGGGUCACGGAAGAUCACACACCAUAUCCUGAAGAACAUGAAGCAGAAGGAUCUCUCUGACUCACUGGAGAGAGAUGAGCAGCACAAAAAAAUAAUUAAAAGAGCCCAGCAGGCACUGAAAAUUGAUCAGAAGAAGAAGGUCAAAUGCAUAUUUGAAGGUUUCGUGAAGCAGGAUCCCCCAAUUCUCCUCAACGAGAUCUAUACAGAGCUCUACAUCACAGAGGGGGGAAGUGGGGCAGUCAAUACUGAACAUGAGAUCAGACAUAUUGAGGCAGCAUCCAAGAGACAGAGGACCCAGGAGACUGCAAUCCCCUGCAAUGACAUCUUUAAGCCUUUACCUGGACAAGAGAAACCUAUCAGAACUGUGCUUACAAAGGGCAUUGCUGGCAUUGGGAAAACCAUCUCUGUGCAGAAGUUCAUUCUGGACUGGGCAGAAGGAAAAGCCAAUCAGGACAUUGAUUUCAUCUUCACUCUUCCUUUCCGAGAUCUGAAUCUAAAGAAGGAGAGAGAAUUCAGUCUGAUGCAACUUCUCCAGCACUACUUUCCACAACUGAAAGAGAUUAAAAACAUCGACAACGAUGAAGUCAAAAUUGUGUUUAUCUUAGACGGUCUGGAUGAGUGCCGACUUGCUCUAGAUUUCCAAAGCAAUGAGAUCUGCUGUGAUAUAACAGAGUCAUCAUCAGUAGAUGUGUUGCUGACCAACCUCAUUAAGGGGAAUCUGCUUCCCUCUGCUCUCCUCUGGAUCACCUCCCAACCAGCAACAGCCAAUCAAAUCCCUCCAGAGUGCAUCCAUCAGGUGACAGAGGUACGAGGGUUCAAGGACCCACAAAAGGAGGAGUAUUUCAGAAAGAGAAUCAGAGAUCAGAACCAGGCCAGCACAAUUCUCUCAUACAUAAAGUCAUCAAGGAGUCUCUACAUCAUGUGUCACAUACCAGUCUUCUGCUGGAUUUCUGCUACUGUCCUGGAGGCAAUGUUGGGUGAAACAGAGAGUGGAGAUCUGCCCAAAACUCUGACUGAAAUGUACACACACUUCCUGCUCAUUCAGACUAAUAUGAAGAAUCAGAAGUAUCUGGGCGCCAAUCGAAAGAAAAUGUCAGUGUCAGAUACAGAAAUCAUCCUGAAACUGGGGCAGCUGGCUUUUCGACAGCUGGAAAGGGGCAAUAUGAUAUUCUAUGAAGAGGACCUGAGAGAGAGUGGCAUUGAUGGAAAUGAAGCUUCAGUGUACUCCGGGGUGUGCACAGAGAUCUUUAAAGAGGAGUGUGGAUUAGAUCAGCAGAAAGUCUACUGCUUUGUGCAUCUGAGCAUUCAGGAGUAUCUGGCUGCCUUGUUUGUCUUUUAUUCGUUAGUAAGUGAGAACAGAAAUGUACUCAGUGCAGAUGAAUCAAAACCUUGCAUUGACAGAGUGCAGCUGUCUGAGUUACACAAGACUGCAGUGGAUCAGGCCUUAAAGAGUGAGAAUGGACAUCUGGACCUUUUCCUCCGAUUCCUUCUUGGCCUCUCUCUGGACUCCAUGCGGACUCUGUUAGGAGGGCUACUGACACAGACAGGAAGCAGAUCAUCUGUAUCAGACCCACUGACAGGAAGUAGAUCUGAUGAAGGAAGACAAAUAAAAAACUCUAUUUUUACUUUCUUUCAAAAAUUACUGCCACGGACAAGAAGCAGAUCAACUGUACCAGACCCACAGACACAGACAAGAAGCAGAUCAGAGAGCAUUGAGAAAACAGUCCAGUACAUUAAGAUGAAGAUCAGAGAGGAAUCUUCAGCAGAGAGGACCAUCAAUUUGUUCCACUGUCUGAAUGAACUGAAUGACAACUCUCUAGCGGAGGAAAUCCAGAAUUCCCUCAGAUCAGGAACACUCUCUGAUAAAGAGCUGGAACCACACCAAUGUUCAGCUCUGGCCUUUGUCUUACUGAUGUCAGAGGAGGUCCUGGAUGAGUUUGACUUGAAGACCUACAACACAUCAGCAGCAGGUCAUCAGAGACUGCUCCCCAUAGUUAGGAACUGCAGGAAGGCAGUGUGAGUAUUACAUAAUUAAUAAUGUUGAUUAUUUGCAGCAUAUUUACAUUUCAUAAACCCAUAUUA